UGGGAGGUAACGGCGCGGAGAGGCGAGACAACAAGAGGAGAGAGAGAGCGAGUAAAGAUUAGCCAAAGGAAAAACACAGGACGGCGUGUGACAGCACGACCUCCGUGACCCCCGAGCGGACCUCUGUGCUUUGUGUAUAUGUAGACGUUAUCAGCCUGCCACCAUGACAGCAGAGGAGACCAUUAAUGUGAAGGAGGUGGAGAUCAUUAAGGUGGUCCUGGAUUUCCUGAACUCACGGAAGCUGCACAUCAGCAUGUUAGCACUGGAGAAGGAAAGUGGAGUGAUAAAUGGGCUCUACUCAGAUGACAUGCUUUUCCUCAGGCAGCUUAUUCUUGAUGGGCAGUGGGAUGAGGUGCUGCAGUUCAUUCAGCCUCUGGAGUGCAUGGACAAGUUUGAUAAGAAAAGGUUCCGCUACAUUGUCCUGAAGCAGAAGUUUCUGGAAGCGCUGUGUGUGAACAAUGCCAUGUCAGCUGAGGAUGAGCCGCAGCAUCUGGAGUUUACCAUGCAGGAAGCUGUAAAAUGCCUCCACGCUCUGGAGGAGUUCUGCCCCUCUAAGGAGGACUACAGUAAGCUGUGCCUGCUUCUGACCCUGCCCCGACUGACCAACCACGCUGAGUUCAAGGACUGGAACCCCAGCACGGCGCGGGUCCAGUGUUUCGAGGAAGCCUGCGCCAUGGUGGCAGAGUUCAUCCCGGCUGACCGCAAGCUGAGUGAGGCCGGCUUCAAGGCUAGCGGUAACCGCCUCUUCCAAUUACUAAUUAAGGGUCUCCUGUACGAGUGCUGCGUGGAGUUCUGCCAGAGCAAAGCCACGGGCGAGGAGAUCACAGAAGGUGAAGUUCUGCUAGGAAUUGACAUGCUGUGCGGAAACGGCUGCGACGAUCUGGACCUCAGCCUGCUCUCCUGGCUCCAAAACCUUUCCCCCAGUGUCUUCUCCUGCGCCUUUGAGCAGAAAAUCCUCAACAUCCACACAGACCGCCUGGUCAAGCCAGCCAAAGCAGCCUACGCUGACCUGUUGACCCCGCUAAUCAGCAAAUUGUCGCCCUACCCAGCCUCCCCCCUUCGCCGCCCGCAGUCAGCCGACACCUACAUGUCUCGCUCGCUCAACCCAGCACUGGAUGGCCUCUCUUAUGGCCUCUCAGGCCUGGAGAAGAGAGGAGGGGGCGGAACCACAGACGCAGGCAAGGCUUCGCCCAUGUCACACUCGUUCGCUAACUUCCAGUAUCCUGGUGGGCAAAACCUGAGCCGUAGUCUAAUGAUGGAGGAGUCACAGUGCCACAGCAUCUUUGAGGAGUCACCUGAGAGCUCCAGAACUGAAACUCCCUCUGAUAAAAUGAUGAGUUCAACGGGUCCUCAGAACUCCCGCCCAGUCCCCGCCCCAGGUCAGGAUGCCCCAACUCCCUCAGAUAGGAAUGAGCUGCGGGACUCCACAGAGCAGUAUCAGGAGUACUACAGGCAGCGUUUGCGAGUGCAGCAGCACCUGGAGCAGAAGCAGCAGCAGAGACAGCUCUAUCAGCAGAUGCUGCUGGAGGGCGGAGUCCAGCAUCAGGAGACUCCACCCACUGCCAAGCACAACCUCACAGAGACCUUCCUCAACAGGUCCAUUCAGAAGCUGGAGGAGCUGAAUGUGGGGAUGGAUGAUCUGGGAGAGGAGGUUCAGGCUCUGUCUCUACAGUGUAAUGGUGGAGGGGGAGAGACGGAUAGAACAGCAGGGGCUACCACAGACACCCCACAUCCUAAGGAGGGAGUCACCAGCAGCACUCCACAGAGACCGGGGGGCAGAAAAGCCAUACAGCCCCCUACUGAAUCCCCUGUGUUACCCCAGAGUGGGCAGAAGGAGAGAGGAGGACAGAGUGACGGAGGCAUGACACGCACUAAAGCGGCAGAGCAGGGGGAGAAGUGUAAGGCGAAGUUUGUAGCAGUGAGCACUAUGGAGGACACUCAGGCUGUGCGUGCUGUAGCCUUCCAUCCUUCAGGAGCGAUGUACGCUGUGGGUUCCAACUCCAAAACCCUGCGCGUGUGUGCUUACCCUGAUACUCUCGACACAAGUGGCUCUAAUGCGUCUAAGCCCCCGGUGGUGCGCUUUAAGAGAAAUAAGCAUCAUAAAGGUUCUAUAUACUGUGUGGCCUGGAGCUCUUGCGGUCAACUGCUAGCCACCGGCUCCAACGACAAAUAUGUCAAAGUACUGCCCUUCAACCCUGAAACCUGCAACGCUACAGGUCCUGAUCUGGAGUUCAGUAUGCAUGAUGGGACUAUUAGGGACUUGGCAUUUAUGGAGGGUCCUGAGAGUGGAGGAUCUAUUUUAAUCAGUGCUGGAGCGGGAGACUGCAACAUCUACACUACUGACUGUCAGCGAGGACAGGGGCUGCACGCUCUCAGUGGACACACAGGUCAUAUUCUCUCUCUGUAUACGUGGGGAGGCUGGAUGAUUGCGUCUGGCUCGCAGGAUAAGACCGUGCGCUUCUGGGACCUUCGCGUGCCCAGCUGUGUGAGAGUAGUGGGCACAGCCUUCCAUGGGUCAGGCAGUCCUGUAGCCUCAGUGGCGGUGGAUCCAAGCGGGCGUCUGUUGGCCACAGGGCAGGAGGACAGUGCCUGCAUGCUGUAUGACAUCAGAGGGGGGCGAAUGGUACAGACGUAUCGUCCACACACCAGUGAUGUUCGCUCUGUCCGUUUCUCCCCUGGAGCACACUACCUCCUGACCGGCUCCUAUGACGCCAAGGUUAUCAUCACUGACCUGCAAGGUGACCUUACGAAACAGCUGCCGUUGACUGUAGUAGGGGAGCACAGUGAUAAGGUGAUCCAGUGCAGAUGGCAUCCGCAGCACCUGUCCUUCCUGUCCUCGUCUGCUGACCGCACAGUUACGCUCUGGACACACAAUACAUAGGGCUGCCGCUAGCCACCAGGGGGAGACAACGCAACACAUCUCACUCUACUGAGCAAACUCACCUAGGUGGAUCUAAAUGUAAAUAGUGUGUGUAUGUGUGUGUGUGUGUGUGUGUGUGUGUGUGAGAGAGAGAGAGCGAGAUUGUAUGUUAUUUAUUAUUUAUGUGCUCUUUUUCUCCUUGUUCUCUGACAGCAUCUAUUGCUUGCUUCCUCUUUGUGAACAUUGUGUAUAUAGUAGCAGUUACAUUUGUUACAGAUCUUUGCAGGUGACCUGCUUUGCUAACUUCCAGAGUAUCUUCCAUGCAUCAGAAGAUUACAUAGAAUCUUUAAUAGGAAAAGAACUCUUUUAAACUUUUCAAGCUGGAUUAGUUUUGUCUGGGGAGGUACUGUAAUUUAAAGUACCCCUAAAGUCAUAAUUUAAAGCCCAAAAAUAAAAUCUGUUAAAUACUUAGUGUAUUAUUGUUAUGCCCAGGACACUUCUAAAAAUGGCACAGAAGUAUCCCUAAACCUUAACACUCAUUAAGAAUAUGCCCCCUUGCCUCCCUUUCUCUUCCCCUCCAGGUAAAGAGUACAGCCAUCUAUGUCCAAACAGAUUGAGCAGGUGAGUUGUGUUAUGUCUCUCUGUUGUGAGACAUAGCACAACAGAAACAAGCAAGCUCCUGCUGUGACAUUUCUAAUCAGAAAAUAAAGUAACGAAAGCUUCAAAUCAUCACCUAUUAAAUGUUAAACCCAUUAAAAUUGAACAACUUGAAUGGGUUUAACAUUUAGCUAAAAGCUGAACAUUUUACCUUAAAUUCCAGUAUGUACAAUGAUAAUAAGCCAUCACAGGGAUGUUAACCAUCUAAAAAAACAUGUUGCUUGCACUUAAGGAUCCUUAAGCGAUUAGUGCUAAUCCAACAUGAAUCUGCGAUGUUCGUAAUUUCUACAAUCUGACAGUGAUAAUUCCGAAUUGAAUUACAUUUAACCCGGAGCUCCCUCAGUAUUAGUAAGCCUGUUUGAAUCAGUUUACAGUGAUAUAAUAACAAAAGCUGCUAAUAGACCUGUGAGGUGUGUUGUUACUGAGUGGCAUCUGCUGUGUGGCACUGAUCAUUCAGUCAUAUUCCUUACAGAUUACAUUACAGAACCUCUUCAGAUAAAACUAAUCCACUUUGAGCACAGCUUACAGCAAACAACAUCUAAAAAAAAACAAAACAUUUCUACAGUCUAGGGUGUGUUCCAUAGUUAGAUUACAGUGGUUUUAUUGUUGGAAUUGGAGCAGUUCAUCCAAGCUGCCUACAUAUAACCCCACCAUGAGCCCUUUUCUAUUUCUGCGGACUUUCUACACGGCACAUUUUAUAGUCUCCCUGCUCUGGCACACCUGAUUGAACUACAGAUGGCACAAUAUCACUGACGCUGAACUCUUGAGGUCAAUACUGAUACUGACAAAGCUUUAAAGUGAGCUUUUAAAUGAAGCACUUCACUGAAGAUUUAACAUCUAAAAAAGUAAGCUAUCAUGUUCAAACUACUCAAACACUCUGCUACCCCACAGGAAGGAAUACACAGCUAACAACAUCACGUCACUCAAUGUGAGCAUGUGCUAUUUCAGACCGGACUUGUUAGAGGAUUGGAUCAGAUUCAUUCUUUUAUUUUCCCUUCUGAUAUCCGGUCCUGUAUUUUCUGCUGAUAUAAAUGGGUUCGAUGACAAUACCUGGUGUCUGAUCUAGGCUUGGGCGGUAUCUGUUUUUUCAUACCAUAAUACCUUUGUGACAUUUCAUCUGGGUGUAUGGUAUAUGAUGGUAUUUGUGUAA